CCUCUUGACCUUGACCCCUGGAGUCACCCCUGCGACCUUGACCCCUGGAGUGACCUCUUGACCUUGACCCCUGGAGUGACCCCUACCACCUUGACCCCUGGAGUGACUUCUUGACCUUGAGGAUGCGUUGCUCCACGCUGCUGGCCAUCAUGACGGUGGUGCUGCUGUACCUGGUGAUGGGGGCGCUGGUCUUCAGCGCCCUGGAGACGCCCACGGAGAAGGCCAAUCACGCCCAGCUCUUCUACUCGCGCCGGGACUUCCUCCACACGCACAACUGCGUCCUCUCAGACAAGCUGCAGGACUUUAUACAGGAUGUGGUGAGCGCCACUAAAUCGGGCGUGGACACAGGCAGCACGUCCCUCAACUACACCAGCCGAUGGAACUUCCACAACGCAUUCUUCUUCUGCGGAACCAUCAUCACUACAAUAGGUUUUGGGAACCUGUCCCCCAUUACGGACUGGGGGCAGCUGUUCUGCAUCUUCUACGCCCUGGUGGGCAUCCCCAUGUUUGGCAUCAUGCUGGCGGGGGUGGGCGACCACAUGGGCACCAUGCUGAGGAGGGCAGUGGGCAACAUAGAGACACUCUUCCUGAGGAAGGCAGUGAGGCCCACCCACGUGCGCAUCAUCUCGGCGGUGUUCUCCAUCCUGAUUGGCUGUGUUAUCUUCCUUGGCGUGCCCACGCUGGUCUUCAAGGAAGUGGAGCAGUGGUCUUGGCUGGAGGCCAGCUACUUCGUCGUCAUCACCUUGACAACCGUGGGUUUCGGAGACUACGUCGCAGAUGACCAGAGGAGCGGGCCGUUCAUGUAUAAGCCUCUGGUGUGGUUGUGGAUCGUGUUCGGCCUGGCCUACUUCGCAUCAGUACUCAACAUGAUCGGAAACUGGCUCAGGGUGCUCUCUAAGAAGACACGCGCAGAGAUGGAGGAGUUGAGGGCCUACGCCACCGACUGGUCCCAGAACAUCCAGAACAUGUCCGUGGACUUCCGCAUCCCCGUCCCGCUGGACCUGAACCUGAACGAGCAGCUGCAGCAGCUCCAGCGGCGCCGCAAGAGGAAGAGGGGCCACAGGCGACACGGCGAUGCCCAGCCGCGGUGCACCAAGCUGGGCUACAUCGUGCCGGGCAUCGGGGGGCCCCUGGAGGGCGCCGAGGGCAUACGCAUCAACGGCCACGUCUUCCACAACUGGAGUGAGGCCAGGACGGUUCUGGAGAAGAUGCUGGAGCUGGAGGUAACCGCAGGCUCCAUGUCCAGGCUAGAGAUCCCCCAACCCCAACAAGCCACCGUGUCCAGAGCCGAGUCCAGGACCGGAUCCAGAACCGGCUCGAGGUCGGGCUCCAGGGUGCCCUCGCGGCCCGUGUCUAGGUCCGGCGAGGCAAUGUCGCUGUCUGGUCUUGGGCUUCAGGGGUCCAGGAGGCCGUCUGUUGUCGUAGUGGCGUCGGAUUCCGGUUCCGGAGAAUCCAGCUCCAGCUCCUCCUCCUCAUGGUCCGAUUCCAAGUCUGAGCCCGAGGAUGCGGUGGGCUCCAACGAGAGCGGCUCCAAUCGCUCGCGGGGAAGCGCCGCCCGUUCCCAGAGUGAUGGCCACGGUCGGCGAACGGCGUCCAGGCCCCCAGCAGCGGCGGCAGGCAGGCCGGAAACCAGCACUCCCACUACCAUGGCGACCGUGGUAACCAUGGCAACAACCUCAACAGCAGGCUCGGCGGAGGAGGAGGAGGAGGUGUCUAAUGGAAGAGGAGGAGGAAGAGGAGGUUCUGGUCGAAGGUCUUCGGCAUCAUCAGACGUCUCUGUCUUGGUCUCGGUCUCCAUUCCGGUUCCAGUUCCUGCGGUGACUGUGGAGGUCAGUACGCCCCCGCCGCCGCCGCGUCCCUCGCUGCUGGACUUCUUCGGGGAGAACCUGGCGUACAUCGACGAGUCCUCCGACACGCUGAGCGACGUGGGUAGCCGGACGCCGGGGCCGGGCUGCGGACCAGGACCAGGGCCAGCCAAGCGCACCAGCCGGCCCAAGAAGAGGAGCAUGAGGAGGCAGAUCCCAAUCACGCAGAGGAACCUGCGACUGCCGGACAGGGGCAGCACCGGGGACAUUGGACCGCCGUCCACCCCUCCGACACCUCCACCCUGCUCACCACCACCCUAA